UGUGCUCACUACAUCCAAUUUUCCUCCUUUUAUUGCAUAUACUAGUGUACUUAAGUAUACUUAACAAUGAACGCCGCCGUUGUUUUUGUUGUUUCAUUCAACAAUGGUUCCCAAACGCCACACGAGUGUCAUUCAGGCGACCCGAUUCCGACCGGGAUUCAAACCAUGGAAGCUUCUUGAGUUCUUUGUGACUGAAGCCGGUGUUUAGGACCAGGAUCUGGACCAGGAUGUUCUGCAGCUUUCACUCGCCCUGGCUCUUGCUGGCUCUGUGGAGUCUCUGUCGGCCCAGCUGGCAGAUCACGUGGCCCGGCAGCAAGACCAAGAGCCAGCUGGACCCCAACGUGAAGGACUGGGGAGACUAUUCGGACCUUCCAACCGGAACGGAGCUGGGACUUGGCUUGGAUGAGGACAGACGACAUGGAGACAAGACCGAAGACUUGGGUCUUGCGCCUGAGUUGGAUUUUCUCUCUGAUUUUGCAGGUAAAAAGCGUCUGUGGGUGAUCACGGCGCCCUCGCACCAGGACCACUACCUGCGCAUGAUGGAGAAGCAGCUGGAGGACAUGGACCAGAAGUUUCUGAACUGCCGCCUGGCAGAGCGAGACACGCUGCUGGUCACCAUCGUGCAGAACGCCAUGAUGGAGGGCAGGAUCCAGAAGACCAGCGCCCAAGGAGACGCCACGGUGGAGACCCUGGACCCCGACACCGUCACCAGACUGCUGCACUACCUGCAGCUCACGCAGGACCAAGCCUUCAACAUGUUGGUCCUGAAAAAAAACCUGCGAGUCAGCGAGCGCUUCCCCUACCCGGUGCGUGUGGCGGCCAUCUUGGAAGUCAUCGACCAGCUGCCCGCCAGGAAGCUGGAGAAGAUCACCAGGAGGGGAUCCAGGAUAAGCUGCGGAGGCGGCCGGAGGAAGAAGGUUCGGGUGACGAGGAGGAGGAUGAAGAAGAGGAUCACGCCCAGGCCGAGUCACGCCAGCUCAAUGGUCGCCUCGCAGAGGAGGAAAGCCGCCCUGAGGAGCAAGAUCCAGGACAUCCUCAGCGGGAGGUCCAGGUUCGUCAUCCGUAAGGCGCCCAGCACCGGCAGGAAGUCCGGCGGAGGCAAACAGGAAGUGGCGAGGGAGAGGGCGCACGUGUCGGCGGGAAAACAUGAAGAGAAGAACCAAAGGCCUGACACGUCUUUAGCUGAAGGCUCUAACAAGUGGGCGGAGGAGAAGGUGAAAGAAGAAGAGAGAAACAACAAGGAAGAGACAAACAACAAGGAAGAGAACAGCAACAAGGAAGAGAAGAACAACAAGGAAGAGAAGAAGGGCAAAGGGAAGAAGGGAAAGAAAGGGAGGAAAAGAAAAGGAAAUAAGUCCAAACAGGAAGUGAGUGAGAAGGACAAAACUGCCUUGAAGGACUUUUUGGCGACUUUCAAGGGCAAACGAAGGUUAAUGCUGAUAUCGACGCCCACCACAGACACAAGCUUGUACGUGCAGCAGCGUGCUGAGAACCAGCAGCAUCACUGCCAGCUGGCGCUCAGGCAGGUUACCGUGGCGACCAUGGUGGGCGAGGGCGUGCUGACGCUGCAGCAGCACCAACUUGACUCCGAGCCGCCGUUCAGCGAGGUGGCGAGCGAGCGCUGGUCGGAUCCGCGUCUGAUCUCGCUGCUGAGGACGGAGCUGGGCUUGUCCUCGUCCGAUCUGUUCUCCAUGACCAUCACCGACUACGACAUCAAGCCCAACAGAGUGUUUGAAGCCCCGCCUACCAGCCUCGCCAUGUUCCAACACAUCGACCACUUCCCGUCCAGGCGCCCUGAAGAAGAACGAGAGCGGAAAGAUCCUCCGUCGUGUGGGAGAGACGAGCAGCGAGCUGAGGAGGAGGACAUCCUGCUCAGGUUCAUGUCCAGGAGGAGACUGCUGCUGGUGUCCGCUCCGGCCGAGGACGACUACUCGCUACAACAGCAGCUGUCUGCGCUUCACGGACAAGAAUGUCACCUGGGUGUUCGCCACUUCGCCCUGUUGAAGCUGACGGGGGCAGCAGACAAAGCAUCGGGCACGGUGGAGCUCUUUCCCCUCAACGGUCGCAGCCAGAGCCAGGUGGAGCCGCUGGGCCGGCAGGCCGUCAACAACCUGCGGGAGCAGCUGAAGGUCAGCAGGGACUACUUCAGCAUGCUGGUGGUGGGCAAGGACGGAGACGUCAAGGCCUGGUUCCCCUCGCCCAUGUGGACCUUGGACAGCGUCUACGACCUGGUGGACUCCACCGAGUCACGCCUGCACGAGGAGACGCUGCAGAGGCGACUCGGGAUUCACUGCUCGGAGGAGCGUUACCACGGAUACGACGAGGAUGGAGCCUAUCAGCAGUCGUGAUGGAUGAGUGACACUUCUGAAUUUGCUACUUUUAUACCUUCCAACCAAAUUCCAUUCUUCAUUAACGUCAAAUCAAAUGUUUUCGCUACCCUUUUCAAAAUGCUAAUUUACAAUAAAUAUGCUACUGUUUAGCAUUAGCAAUUUUACACGGCAAUUUUAACACCUCCAAAUAAAAACUACAAACACACGUUUUUACACAGAAAUAUUUUGCAAAUGUUUAUUUACAUGUAACAGGGCAGUAAAACGGCUGAUCAAACAAAACAGAAGUCAUGGUUACGGACCCACUGGCUGCGCGAGCUCGCUCUCCAAUCAGCCUUUGUAAGUUGAUAAUACUAACACAGACACUUGUAAACGUGUUAGCGCAUUAGCUAAUGCUAAUGACGCUGGCUUCAUUACAUGACGAUAGCACGUACAAAUAUGCAUGAAAACACUCCUACGGACAUCACACAUGGUACGGUUUACUAAGAAUGAAUUGUUUUAGUUAUAUUGUAAAACUUACAAACGUUGCUUGGAUAAUAAUAAUAAUAAUAAUAGAUUUUAUUUGUAAAAAGCACUUUACAUUGAGCAAACAACCUCAAAGUACUACAGUGUAUUAAAAAACAAAAAACAAAUAAAAAGAUAAUAAAAAUAAAACACUAGAACAGCCUAACAGCUAGAACUUGUAUGCAUAUAUCUAAAAAAAAAAAAAAGAAGGGUUUUUAAGCCUUAUUGAAAAGCAUCCACAGUCUGUGGUGCCCUCAUGUGGUCAGGGAGAGUGAUGAAUGAAGAAUCCAUACGAGUAGAAACGCUAUGGAUGGCUAGAAGACAGACUUUGGAAAGCAUUAAAUACACGCAGGCAUUCAUGUGACGGUUUAGUAAGUAAGAAUUGUUUUAGUUAUAUUGUCAAACUUACAAACGUUGCUUGGAGCAACAAAUGAAGAAUCCACAUGAGUAGAAACGCUAUGGAUGGCUAGAUGACAGACCUCAAACAGCAGAAAACACACGCUGGCAUUCAUGUGACGGUUUAGUAAGUGAGAAUUGUUUUAGUUAUACUGUAAAACUUACAAAGGUUGCUUGGAUGAUAAUAAUAAUAAUACAUUUUAAUGGUAAAAAGCCCUUUACAUUGAGAAAACAACCUCAAAUUGCUACAGUGUAUUAAAAAAAUAAAAAUAAAAAGAUAAUACAAAUAAAAACUAAAACAGCCUAUUAGCUAGAACUAGUAUGCAUAUAUCUAAAAAAAAAAAAGAGGCUUUUUUAAAAAGAAGGGUUUUUAAGCCUUGUUUAAAAGCAUCCACAGUCUGUGGUGCCCUCAGGGGGUCAGGGAGAGUGAUGAAUGAAGAAUCCAUACGAGCAGAAACGCUAUGGAUGGCUAGAAAACACACGCAGGCAUUCAUGUGACGGUUUAGUAAGUGAGAAUUGUUUUAGUUAUAUUGUAAAACUUACAAACGUUGCUUGGAGUGAUGAAUGAGGAAUCCAUACGAGUAGAAACGCUAUGGAUGGCUAGAAAACAGACUUUGAAAAGCAGAAAACACACGUAGGCAUUUAUGUGAUGGUUUAGUAAGUAAGAAUUGUUUUAGUUAUAUUGUAAAACUUACAAACGUUGCUUGGAGUGAUGAAUGAGGAAUCCAUACGAGCAGGAACGCUAUGGAUGGCUAGAUGACAGACUUCAAACAGCAGAAAACACACUCAUCCAAAAGAUGGCGCCAUAGCACAAACAAUAACACACUUUAAGUGUAUUUGCGUGUGUUUAAUUAAAAAACAAUUUGCAUUAUGGCCGUCAACAAAAAAAAUAUUCACAAAUUAGCCGCACCCUUUUAUCAACCGCAGUGUUCAAAGUGUAGGAAAAAAAAGCAGCACUAGGCUAAAUAGUGUAAUAUAUCAAAUUCUUGCUAAAUGUUCAAAGAAAUAGAAGUUGUGUUGAAAAAUAUUCUUUUAUUACCACAUGAACACACAGAAGUGCUGAGGAUGGGUACCAUGGAGUACCAGGUACAGGUUCCAUAUUGGUGGAAAUGUGAACGGUACCCAUCCCUACACUUCAGACCGAAGACAACAAAUACAAAAAAAAGUGGCUUUCACAGGUCGCCAACAUUUUGUAUCAAGACUUUUGCUCCAUUUGGCAACACUUCUUCUAGCAUCAACACACAAAUCAUGCACACAAUAUUUGA